AUGGCUUCGGCACUUAAAGAACUUUUACACAAUUAUGAAGUUGAUCCAGUUUAUGCUUUUCUACUUCCAAAUCCUUUACAAAAGCUUCCGCCAGAAUUUGAACCGUGGCAUGAAAUUACAGAUAACUUACCAGAUUUAUUAAAAUCUGGAAAAUUAGAAGAAAAGAUAAUUGCUUUGCCACUGAUUGACGUCUCAACAUUGCAAACCCGUCGUGAACUAAGGUUGGCACACCUCAUUCUCACGACACUUGAGGCCGCUUAUGUUUGGCAUAAGGGCCGAGAUCAUGUAAAUCCGAAGCUAAAAUUGGUUUCGCAAAUUGCUGUGCCGCUCACUGAAGUAUGCAGAAAGAUCAAACUACCACCAAUAAUAUGUCAUCCAUCAGCUUGUUUAGCUAACUGGAAAUUUGUAUCUGGAAAAAAUGAAUUUAAGGCUGAGAAUAUUGAAUUAAUAUCCUUCAAAUUUAUGAACCAUAUUGGAAACCAUUGGUUUUUUACACUCACUGCUCAGUUGGAAACAGAAUUUGCUCCAGCAGUUGUAGCUAUAGCUCGGGCUUGUUAUGAACUAAAGAUUCACGAUAAUACCUUCAGUGAAAUACGACGGUCCUUGGCGAAUGCAACGAUCUCAAUAAAACGAAUGAAUGAAAGGCUUCCACCAGAGGUUUUCUAUCAUGGCUUUCGCCUAUUCCUUAGUGGUUACACCGAAGGAAAAUUCUUAGAUCAAGGAGGGAUAGUUCUUGAAGGUAAAGAGCAGAUGGGACCCCAAAUGUUUAACGGAGGUUCAGCGGCGCAAAGUUCUACAUUGCACGUUGUUGAUGGUUUCCUUCAAGUUAAGCAUUCAGGUUCUGAAAAGAAAUUCUUAUUGGAGCAAAGAAAAUACAUGCUUCCCGCACACAAACAGUUUAUUGAAUGGAUUGAAGCUAGAUCAGCUUUGAUUCCGGGAAUUCCAGAUUUUGAAGAAUAUGCAGAGACUUUAAAGGCGUUAAGACGUUUCCGAGACGAGCAUAUCAAAAUUGUGGUCAGUUACAUAAUUUCACAAGCUAGUCGAGGUGUACAAGACGUUGGAACUGGAGGAACUUCUUUCAUGAAACUGUUGAAGAAGAUUAGAGACGACUGUUGA